AUGGUGGCAUCAUCAGACAAUACUAGUAGCCACGGUAGAGAUUGUGGAAAGCUUCUUGCCCCAUCAUCAAAGUCAUGUAAGCUACUAAAAAAAUAUCCGCAAAAUAAGAGACGGUUACAGUGUAAGUUUUGCAACAAGAAAUUCUCCAAUAGCCAAGCUUUGGGAGGGCAUCAGAAUGCACACAAAUUGGAGAGAGCCGCGGUGAAGAGAGACAACAUUCUCGCCAUGGCGUCUGCUUAUAUCAACUACUUACCACCAUCUCAGUCUAAUAUGCAAAAUUAUUAUUCAAAUUUUUCUGCUUUUAGUCAUAGUAGUAGAACGGGGAUGCAACAACCACCACAAGCAAUGAUUCAUAAUAGGUCUUCAAUUGCACUUGGGCCUGGGUACCUUCAUAAUGUAUUGUUGGAAAAUCAAAUCAUGAAUCCUCAACGUAGCAGGCAUCAUUCGCCGCCGGGACCGGCGUUGCCGCCGCAGGACAGAGAAGUAUUGCCGCAAAAAGAAUUAUUGACAAUGAAUUUGUUACCACAACAGUCACGGUUGAGUUUAGGUGAAAACAUGAAUCCAAACCAAACAAAUAAACAACAACAACAACCAGGUAAUGUUGUAGCAUUGCAUGAAUUACAAUUAUAUAGCUUUUAA